AUGAGUGUGAAUAACGUUCAAUCACUCGACAUUCCCAAUUUAAAAGUUGAAAAAUAUGUCACCAAAUUCGGACCACAUCAAGAUGAUGUUAUUGUUAUCGAUUUCAAUUAUACACCAACACCAACAACACAUACUACAUGGAGUUUACAGGACGUCGUAAUAAAAGCUUUACCAAAUUUUAAUGAAAAUUAUUUAAAUGAUUUAGUUUCUCUUGGAAGCGUUUAUCUUACAAGGUAUCAGACAGGAUCUUGUUCUACGGUUUCAAAUGAAGAAAAAAGUCGACGAUGGCAUAGAAGAGUGAAAGAACGAUUUAAACGAAAUCAUGGUCUGUUUGCUGAAAAUACUCCUCGUAUAACGCAACGUUUAAUAAAUUCAACGGAAUCAGGAAUCAUUAUUUUACCACAAGCAACAUUAUCAUUACGUCUCCAUGUAACGCCUCAAAGGUUUCCCAUAACCCCUUAUAUUGAUUGGCGCUCUCGCGUUUGUUAUAUGAAUGAUGAUUUCGUUAUUGUUAAUAAACCGGGAGGUAUUCCUUCUCAACCUGUUGCUUCCAACUAUCAAGAAUGUGUUCAUGUUCAAGCCGGACUAUCAUUAUUUCAAACACCUUUAUACCCCACAUCACGUCUCGAUUUAUGGAGUACAGGUCUCUUAUGUUUAGGAAGACAUCCCGCGGCUGUCAAGCAAGUCAAUGAAUGGCAUAGAAAUAAUUCUCUUCAAAAAACUUACCGUGUAUUAAGUUAUCAUAAUCCUCUAACCUCACCUUUGUUAGUAAAAUCCCUAUCCUUACCUUUAACGCUACAAAAUUGGAUGCCGAAAGGUCCUAUCUUUGGUGUAACAGUUCCACGUCUUUUAUGUCGCGCCAAACAUCCUGAUAUGUUGCACUGCGUUUUACGUAUCACAUCAAUUCAACAAGUUUUUUUCUCACAAGACUUUCAAGUUCCACCAGAAGAACCUAUGCCCAUUCCAUACUGUAGUAAAAUGACAGAAGAGAUUAAACGCCUGAAGUCUUUGUCCUAUGACUUUUACGACAUACAUAUUCAACUUAUGACAGGAAGAACUCAUCAAAUUCGAGCACAACUCGCAUGUUUUGGUCUUUGUCUUGUAGGUGAUACAAUUUAUGCUCCAUUUGUUGGCGCAUACGUUGAUUCUAUCCCUAUACAACGCCUUACAAAAGACAUAGAUUUUUCAAACUUUCUUGAAAGAAAAGAAGAACCAACUAACGCAAAGGAAUUAACAGAGACCGAAAAAGAAAUGUGGCAAUUAUAUAUUCAAUCAAAACCUAUUACAUAUCCUAUAGGUUCGUUUAAUUUUUUGUAUACAAUAAAUCACACUUUUACUUUGUAG